AUUGAAGUGGGUGACGUCAUAAUUAAAAAUAGUUCGGCUUCAUGUUUGUUAGACAGAGUUGUACAUUUUCGUUGAUGAUUUUACCGAUAAAUAAGUAAAUGUUUGUUUUGUGAAGUGAAUUUUUAGUUAUUUUGUGGAGUGAACAUGGAUCAGAUCCCUCCCCCGAAGGAGGUGAAAAUCCUCGAAACCGCUGAAGACAUCCAAGAGCGUCGUCAGCAGGUUUUGACCCGUUACGACAACUUCAAAGCAGACGCGCGCGCGAAACGCGAGAAACUCGAAGACUCGCGUCGAUUCCAGUACUUCAAGCGCGAUGCCGACGAACUGGAAUCGUGGAUCCAGGAAAAACUGCAGGCCGCGUCCGACGAGAACUACAAGGACCCGACGAAUUUGCAGGCCAAGAUCCAAAAGCACCAGGCGUUCGAGGCCGAGGUGGCCGCGCACAGCAACGCCAUAGUCGUGCUGGACAACCAGGGCAAAGAGAUGAUCAACCAGAACCACUACGAGUCCGAGACGAUCAGGAGACGCUUGGAGGAGUUGCACCGUUUGUGGGAGCUGCUGCUCUCCAAGCUGGCGGAGAAGGGGCAGAAGUUGCAGCAAGCCCUCGUGCUCGUGCAGUUCCUUCGUCAUUGCGACGAAGUCAUGUUCUGGAUCAACGAGAAGAGCGCCUUCCUCACCACCGAGGAGUUCGGUCACGAUUUGGAGCACGUCGAGGUGCUCCAAAGGAAAUUCGACGAGUUCCAGAAAGACAUGGGCUCGCAGGAGUACAGAGUCACCGAGGUCAACGAGCUGGCCGACAGGUUGUUGCAGGAUGGACAUCCGGAAAGAGACACGAUCCAAAAUAGGAAGGAAGAGUUGAAUAACGCGUGGCAAAGGCUUAGACAGUCCAGCUUGUUGCGUCAGGAUAAGCUGUACGGAGCUCACGAGAUACAGAGGUUCAAUCGGGAUGCCGACGAAACCGUCGCCUGGAUAUCGGAAAAAGACGUCGUCUUAUCGUCGGACGAUUACGGAAGAGACUUGGCGAGCGUGCAGGCCUUGCAGAGGAAACACGAAGGCGUAGAGAGAGAUUUGGCGGCGUUGGAAGACAAAGUGUUGAAUUUGGCCAAGGAAGCCGACAGAUUGAGCGGCGUGCACGCGGACCAUCAAGAACAGAUCCAAGUUAAACGCGAGGAAAUCGACGGUUACUGGCAGAGCCUCACCGGAAAGGCGAAGGAGCGCAAAGAGAAGCUGGAGGAGUCGUAUUCGCUGCACAGAUUCUUGGCCGAUUUCAGAGACCUCGUUUCGUGGAUCAACGACAUGAAGGCCAUCAUUAGCGCCGACGAACUCGCUAAGGACGUGGCGGGGGCCGAAGCCCUGCUGGAGCGCCACCAAGAGCACAGAGGGGAAAUCGACGCCCGCGAGGACAGCUUCGACGGCACCAUCGAAGCCGGCAACCAGCUUCUCUCCAAGGGCCACUACGCCAGCGACGAAAUUAAAGAGAAACUAUCCGCCCUGGCUUCGGAUAAGAACUCCUUGAACGCGCUGUGGGAGGAACGUCGCAUUCUAUACGAGCAAUGCAUGGACUUGCAGCUAUUUUACAGAGACACCGAGCAAGCCGACACUUGGAUGGCCAAACAGGAAGCCUUCCUCGCCAACGAAGAUUUGGGGGAUUCCUUGGACUCGGUCGAAUCGCUGAUCAAAAAGCACGAAGACUUCGAGAAGUCCCUCGCGGCGCAAGAGGAGAAAAUCAAGCUUCUCGACGAGUUCGCGACAAAAUUAAUCGAUGGCGAGCAUUAUGCGGCCGACGAUGUCGCCCAGAGACGAGCCAUGCUGUUGGAGAGGCGCAAGGCCCUCAAGGAAAAGUCGAGUUUGAGGCGCAUCAUUUUGGAGGACGCCUACAAGCUGCAGCAAUUCGAGAGGGAUUGCGACGAGACCAAGGGAUGGAUCAACGAGAAACUGAAGUUCGCCACCGACGAAAGCUACCUGGAUCCCACCAACUUGGGCGGGAAGGUGCAGAAACAUCAGAACUUCGAGCAAGAAUUGCAAGCAAAUAAGAUCAGAGUCGAGGAGAUUUCCUCCACCGGGCAGGAAUUGAUCGAGGCGGGACAUUACGCCGCGCCCAGGGUUCAGUCGCGCCUCGACGAAAUCGUCGGCUUGUGGGAGACGUUGGAGCAAGCCACCGGCAAGAAAAACUCCAAACUGCACGACGCCAGUCAGCAGCAGCAGUUCAACAGAACCAUCGAGGAUAUCGAGUUGUGGUUGUCCGAAAUCGAGGGUCAACUGAUGUCCGAAGACUACGGCAAAGAUUUGACGUCGGUGCAAAAUUUGCAGAAAAAGCACGCCCUCUUGGGAGCCGACGUCGGCUCUCACAAGGACCGCAUCGAGGCCAUCACGUCGGCAGCCAAUCAGUUCAUCGAACGCGGUCAUUUCGACGCCGACAACAUUGCUCACAAGCAAAAGACCCUUUGCGACAGGUACGCCGCCCUGAAGACCCCUUUGGCGGUCCGCAAGCAGCGUCUGCUCGACUCGCUCCAGGUGCAGCAGUUGUUCCGCGACGUCGAAGACGAGGAGGCCUGGAUCCGCGAGAAGGAACCGAUCGCUGCCAGCACCAACCGAGGGCGCGAUCUGAUCGGAGUGCAGAACUUGAUCAAGAAGCAUCAGGCCGUGCUGUCCGAGAUCAACAACCACGACGGCAGAAUCGUGAACGUGUUGGACACCGGCAAGCAGAUGAUGGAAGACGAACACUUCGCCAUCGACGAGAUCCGCAACAGGGUUAACGCGUUGUCUUCCCACUGGGACUACUUGAAGGAUAAGGCGAACCAGCGCAAGCAGGAUCUGGAGGAUUCUCUUCAAGCGCAUCAGUACUAUGCUGACGCCAACGAAGCGGAAUCCUGGAUGAAGGAGAAGGAGCCGAUAGUCGGCAACAUGGACUACGGAAAAGACGAAGAUUCUUCCGAAGCUCUUCUUAAAAAGCACGAGGCGUUGAUGAGUGAUUUGAUUGCUUUUGGAAACACCAUCGAAGGUCUUAAUGAACAAGCCAGAAACUGCAGGCAACAAGAACCACCAGUGGUUGAUGUAACAGGAAGAGAAACCGUUCAAGCGUUAUACGACUACACGGAAAAAUCAGCCCGCGAAGUUUCAAUGAAAAAAGGAGACCUUUUGCAUCUCCUCAACUCCAACAACAAGGACUGGUGGAAAGUUGAGAUCCACGAUAGACAAGGCUUCGUUCCGGCCGCUUACGUGAAGAAAGUGGAAGCCGGGCUCACAGCCUCCCAACAGAAUUUGCUCGACAACAACUCGAUCUCCGCGCGCCAAUCGCAAAUCAACGGGCAAUACGACAGACUGCUCGCUUCCGCCAGAGAAAGGCAGAACAAACUCAACGAGACCGUGAAGGCGUACGUGCUGGUCCGCGAGGCGGCCGAGCUGGCCAACUGGAUCAAGGACAAGGAGAUGCACGCUCAGGUGCAGGACGUCGGCGAAGACCUGGAGCAAGUCGAGGUGCUGCAGAAGAAGUUCGACGAUUUCCAGACCGAUUUGAAGGCGAACGAGGUGCGCCUGGCCGAGAUGAACACCAUCGCCUUGCAGCUGGUUUCCCUAGGGCAGACCGAGGCCGCUUUGAAGAUCCAAACGCAGAUGGACGAGCUGAACACCAAGUGGAACUCGCUGCAGCAGCUCAGCACCGAGCGCGCCAGCCAGCUGGGAUCCGCCCACGAGGUCCAGAGGUUCCACCGGGACGUGGACGAGACCAAAGAUUGGAUCCAAGAGAAGGACGACGCGCUCAACAACGACGACCUCGGCAAGGACCUGCGCAGCGUGCAGGCGCUGCAGAGGAAGCACGAGGGGUUGGAGAGGGACUUGGCCGCGUUGGGCGACAAAAUCAAGCAGCUGGACGAGAUCGCGAACCGGCUGGUGCAAAGUCACCCGGAAAGUGCCGAGCAAACGUUGAUCAAGCAGGAGGAGAUCAACAAGUAUUGGACGCAGCUCACCGCCAAGGCGAACAGCCGCAAGGAAAAAUUGCUCGACUCGUACGACCUGCAGCGUUUCCUGAACGACCACCGCGACCUCUUGGCCUGGAUCAACCAGAUGCUCGGACUAGUUCGCACCGACGAGCUGGCCACCGAUGUCACCGGCGCGGAGGCCCUCAUCGAAAGACACCAGGAACAUCGCACUGAAAUUGACGCCCGUGCUGGCACCUUCCACGCCCUCGAACAGUUCGGCCAACAGUUGCUGAAUUCAAACCACUAUGCCAGUCCGGAAAUUCAGGAAAAACUCGAGCAGCUCAACAAGGCUCGCGAAGAACUGGAAGGGGCAUGGAUAGAGCGACGGGUGCAACUGGAUCAAAAUUUGGAUCUCAAUUUGUUCAACAGAGACUGCGAACAGGCGGAGAACUGGAUGAGCGACCGAGAAGCCUUCUUGGCUUCUGACGACGUCGAUUCGAAUGGCGACAACGUCGAAGCUCUCAUCAAAAAACACGAAGAUUUCGACAAAGCUAUCAAUGCUCACGAAGAAAAGAUCGCGGCCCUCCAGAGGCUUGCCGACCAGCUCAUCGGAAACGAGCACUACGCGGCGAAAACGAUCGACGAAAAACGCGAUCAGGUGUUGGACAGAUGGCGCCACCUGAAGGACGCCCUCAUCGAAAAGCGUUCGAAACUGGGCGAGAGCCAAACGCUGCAGCAGUUCUCGCGCGACGCCGACGAGAUCGAGAACUGGAUCGCGGAGAAGCUGCAGCUGGCCACCGAGGAGAGCUACAAGGACCCGGCCAACAUCCAGUCGAAGCACCAGAAGCACCAGGCCUUCGAGGCGGAGCUGGCCGCCAACGCGGACCGCAUCUCGUCGGUGAUCGGCAACGGGCAGAACCUGAUCGACAAGCGCCAGUGCGCCGGCUCGGAGGAGGCCGUCAAGACGAGGCUGGAGUCGAUUGCGGAGCAGUGGGAGUUCCUCACGCACAAGACCACCGAGAAAUCCUUGAAGCUGAAGGAGGCCAACAAGCAGAGGACCUACAUCGCCGCCGUCAAGGAUCUGGACUUUUGGCUCGGAGAGGUCGAGAGUCUGCUGACCAGCGAGGAUGCCGGCAAAGAUUUGGCUUCCGUGCAGAACUUGAUGAAGAAGCACCAGCUCGUCGAAGCCGACAUCCAAGCUCACGAGGAUAGAAUUAAAGAUAUGAACGAUCAAGCCGAUUCUCUGAUUGAAAGUGGUCAAUUUGAUGUACCGUCGAUUCAAGAGAAACGUUCCACAAUCAACGAACGUUACGAGAGAAUCAAGAACCUGGCAGCCCACAGACAAGCCCGUCUUAACGAGGCCAAUACUCUUCAUCAAUUCUUCAGGGACAUUGCCGACGAGGAAUCCUGGAUAAAGGAAAAGAAACUGUUGGUCGGUUCGGACGAUUACGGCCGCGACCUGACCGGCGUGCAGAACCUCAAGAAGAAGCACAAGCGUUUGGAGGCGGAGCUCGGCUCGCACGAGCCCGCCAUCCAGGCGGUGCAAGAGGCCGGCGAAAAGCUGAUGGACGUCUCUAACCUGGGCGUGCCCGAGAUCGAGCACCGCCUGAAGGCGUUGAACCAGGCGUGGGCCGAGCUGAAGCAGCUCGCCGCCACCAGAGGCCAGAAGCUGGACGAGUCGCUGACCUUCCAGCAGUUCCUCGCCAAGGUCGAGGAGGAGGAGGCGUGGAUCAGCGAGAAGCAGCAGCUGCUCGGAGUGGAGGACUACGGCGACACGAUGGCCGCCGUGCAGGGCCUCUUGAAGAAGCACGACGCCUUCGAGACCGACUUCCAGGCGCACCGCGACCGCUGCACGAACAUCUGCGACGAGGGUUCGACGCUGGUCGCCCGAGGCAACCACCAUUCGGACGGCAUCGGGCAACGUUGCGAGCAGCUGCGCACCAAGCUCGAUCACCUGUCGGCUCUGGCGGCGAGACGUAAGGCGCGUCUCAUCGACAACAGCGCCUAUCUGCAGUUCAUGUGGAAGGCCGACGUCGUGGAGAGCUGGAUUGCCGACAAGGAAACCUACGUCAAGACCGACGAGCUGGGACGAGAUUUAUCUUCGGUUCAGACUUUGCUUACAAAACAAGAGACAUUCGAUGCAGGUCUCACCGCUUUCGAACAAGAAGGAAUCCAAAACAUCACCGCUUUGAAAGAUCAACUGGUCACCGCCAACCACGAUCAAAGCCAGGCCAUCCAGCAGCGCCACGCCGAAGUGAUCGCCCGCUGGCAGAAGCUCCUCGCCGACUCUCUGGAGCGCAAGCGCAAGCUGCUGAACGCGCAGGACCAGUUCAAGCAGAUCGAGGAGCUGUUCCUGAUGUUCGCCAAGCGAGCGUCCGCCUUCAACUCGUGGUUCGAGAACGCCGAAGAGGACCUGACCGACCCGGUGCGCUGCAACUCGAUCGAGGAGAUACGCGCGCUCAAGGACGCGCACGCGCAGUUCCAGGCCUCGCUGUCGAGCGCCCAGGACGACUUCAACGCGCUCGCCGAGCUCGACAAGCGCAUCAAGAGCUUCAACGUCGGUCCGAACCCCUACACGUGGUUCAACAUGGAAGCGUUGGAGGAGACUUGGCGCAACCUGCAGAAAAUCAUCGCCGAGAGGGACGUGGAGUUGAGCAAGGAGGCGCACAGGCAGGAGGAGAACGACAAGCUCAGGAAGGAGUACGCCAAGCACGCCAAUGCAUUCCACCAGUGGCUCACAGAGACCCGAACAUCGAUGAUGGAAGGUUCCGGUACUUUGGAACAACAGCUCGACGCCACAAAACGCAAGGCGCAAGAGGUGCGCGCGCGCAGAUCGGACCUCAAAAAGAUAGAGGACCUGGGUGCCAUCCUUGAGGAACACCUAAUCCUCGACAACAGAUACACCGAACACUCGACUGUCGGUCUCGCCCAGCAAUGGGAUCAGCUCGACCAGUUGGGCAUGAGAAUGCAGCACAAUCUCGAACAACAGAUACAGGCUCGUAACCAAUCGGGCGUGAGCGAGGACGCCCUCAAGGAGUUCUCCAUGAUGUUCAAGCACUUCGACAAAGAAAAGUCCGGAAAACUCAACCAUCAAGAGUUCAAGAGUUGCCUGAGGGCGUUGGGUUACGACCUGCCCAUGGUGGAAGAAGGCCAGCCCGAUCCGGAAUUCCACGCAAUUUUGGACUUUGUGGAUCCGAACAGGGACGGAUAUGUUUCGCUGCAAGAGUACAUGGCGUUCAUGAUUAGCAAGGAAACCGAAAAUGUCCAGAGCUCCGAGGAAAUCGAAAAGGCGUUCCGAGCCAUCACCGCAGGUGACCGUCCUUACGUAACCAAGGAAGAGUUAUAUGCUAACUUGACGAGAGCAAUGGCGGAUUAUUGCGUGGAGAGAAUGAAGCCCUACGUGGAGCCCAAGACAGAGCGCCCUAUUGCUGGAGCAUUGGAUUAUAUAGAUUUUACUCGUACACUGUUUCAGAAUUAGUGACUAGAGAGCUUAAUAAGUAUUUAAAAAUGCACCUAUAAAGUUAUAUAAUAUAAUUUAUUCAAAGUAUUUAUACCUAGUACUUUUCUGAUAUUUACUGCAUUUAGAGUUCAUCACAGCUGCUUUUGGGGCAGGCUAUUGGUUUUCGUAAACAGUUAGGUUAAGGCAUAAAGUUCUAUUAUAAUCUUGUAACCCUUCAAUAUAUUGGCUUGGCUUGCA